AUGUCAACAACAACUACACAACAUGAUUCUUUACACGAAUCACAAACAAAAUCUGAUCGUAUACAGAUGCCAACUAAAGAAAUACGACAACGAGUAGAAGAUCGACAUUGGCAAUUAUUUGAAGCACGUUUAAAAAAACAAUUACCUGAAGUAAAUAAAGAAAAUCAAGUUCAUUCAAAUGAUUAUCGUAUUAUUAAUCGUUUAAAUAAAUUCGAUCAACCACAACCACCUAUUGAACCUAAUCGACGAUGGGAAGAAUUUUGUCAUCAAGUUAAAACUAAAUCCAAUGAAACUAAUCGUGUUAUGUCUAUAUUUCAUAAUGUAUGGAUGAAAAAUUGGAAUAUAAAACAGACAGAUGAUGCACAAAAACGACGUAUGACUGAUACAACAUUAAAUGAAAAUAAUUUUCUAAAUCAACUAUCAACAAAUGAUAACGAUCGUAAAUUAAUUUCAUCGAUUUUACAUCGAACUACCUCAUCUGAAACAUGUUCUUCUAAUAAAGAUAAGAAAAAAAGUAUAAUCUGA